GAGAGACUCCCCGGCUCCCUCCCUCCCUCGCACACAGCGACUGGAGACGGACGGAGAGCAACGCGCUGGGAGAGGAGAGACCACCGAGAACAGCCCCGCGCUCUCACACAUACACUCACACUCGGCUCUUUCCUCUCCCCCCACCUCCUCCUCCUUCCACCCCCACCACUAACACCAUCUCCUCCUCCUUCUCUCUGCAACAAGAAAAAAAAAGCCAUUUACAGGGGGUGAUGUGCAACUAAUUAAAGGCAGACUAGCAGCGUCUGCAAAUUCUAAGGCUCCCCAAAUAAAAAGAGACUGUUGUAACAGUUGGAGGAUAAUGCUAAGGAAGACGCUGCCUGGGAAUUCACCGUCUGUGGAAAUGCGCCCCAGAGAGGAAUAAAGCAGUCCUCACCUUGCUUUCCCCAUCCGGACCUACUUUCCCCUCCCGCCUCGGCCCCCACCCCAACACCACCAUCACCCCCUUCCCUCCCCCCCACCUUCCCCCCUUUCCCACCCAGGUGUCGGACCAGGCGGUCCCCACUUCCACCCUGCACCCCUUCUUCCCCCCCUGCACCAUGAACACCAAUGUCUGCGUGGAGCCCGGGCCGAGCCCGGAGGCCCCGGGCUUGCCCAAGGAAAGCCACCUGCCCGAGGGGGCCCUGAACAGCCUUGUGGAUUACAACUCGGAGAUGGAGCGCUACCGCUCCUUUGCCACCUCCUUCUACAAGACCAACGGGGGCGCCUUCCCGCAGGCGGCCAAGAUCGCGCGCAUCACCACCCCCAUCUUCCCCAGCAGCGCCGCCGCCGCCGCGGCCGCCGCGCGCAUCGGCAUGUCCCCCUGGAACUGCGACAACGCGGCCACCGCCGCCGCCGCCACCGCCAUGCUCUGGGGCAGCGGCGGGGGCGGGGGCGGCGGCGGGGGCGGCAGCGGCGGCGGGGGCGGCGGGGGCGGUGGCGGGGGCGGCGGGGGCGGCAGGAAAUCCUCCUCCGCCGCCGCCUCCUCCUCCGCCUCCUCUUCGGCAAUCCUCCCCGCCGGCGGUGGCGGCGGCGGCGGCGGCGGCGGUGGCGGCGGCGGCGGCGGCGGCGGCGGCGGCAGCAGGACCAGCAUGCACCACCGAAACGACUCCCAGAGGCUGGGGAAAGCUGGCUGCCCGCCAGAGCCGUCGUUGCAAAUGGCAAAUACUAAUUUCCUCUCCACCUUAUCCCCUGAACACUGCAGACCUUUGGCGGGGGAAUGCAUGAACAAGCUCAAAUGCGGCGCUGCUGAAGCAGAGAUAAUGAAUCUCCCCGAGCGCGUGGGGACUUUUUCCGCUAUCCCGGCUUUAGGGGGCAUCUCAUUACCUCCAGGGGUCAUCGUCAUGACAGCCCUUCACUCCCCCGCAGCAGCCUCAGCAGCCGUCACAGACAGUGCGUUUCAAAUUGCCAAUCUGGCAGACUGCCCGCAGAAUCAUUCCUCCUCCUCCUCGUCCUCCUCAGGGGGAGCUAGCGGAGCCAACCCGGCCAAGAAGAAGAGGAAAAGGUGUGGGGUCUGUGUGCCCUGCAAGAGGCUCAUCAACUGUGGCGUCUGCAGCAGUUGCAGGAACCGCAAAACGGGACACCAGAUCUGCAAAUUUAGAAAAUGUGAAGAGCUAAAGAAAAAACCUGGCACUUCGCUAGAGAGAACACCUGUUCCCAGCGCUGAAGCAUUCCGAUGGUUCUUUUAAAGCAGUAGUAUAUCUUAUUUUCAAGGCAUUUGGAAGUGAAGGGCAAACUAAUGUCUUGUUUUAAGAAACUGCUUAGUCCACCACUGAAGAAAAUAUCCAGAUAUUAUUUUCAUUUUAUGUAUAGGGGUUUCUUCCAAAAAAAAAAAAAAAAGGAAAAGAAAAGAAAAAAGACAUAUAAAAAUAAUCUGGGAGCUUGGGGAAUUGGCCAGUCUAUUUACUUUCAAUACACUGAUUCUUUCUUUGAUGUAAUUUAGCUAUACUAGUGAAGUUGUUGUCUAUUUUGAAAGUGGCUGUAAAAAAUAAGUUUGGGUAAACCCCUGCUGUAAAAUCAUGUAUCUUUGCAAAGUACAUAUCUAUACUUCAUUUUCAAAUAUAUGUGUUUCAGUACUGUAAACUGUACAGAUAGCAGCUUGUAUUUUGUGUGUUUAGACACAAGGAGACAAUCAUGUCUGAGCAUCUAUGGAGAUUAACAGUUUGUACACAACAGUAUGGUUCUGCAAGUUAAAUCUGGAGCAAUAAAUUUUAGCUUUAAAUAUUUUUUGCCAGUUGUUUCUAGAAGCAGCAACAGCAGUGGCAUGUUUUGCCAUGCAUCUUUCCGUAGAGACUUGAUGCCAAGUUUUACAAGACUAAAAGAUUAUGAUGCAUCCAGCAAUUACCUUCAGUUGUGUUGUUAUAAGAGGGGAAGAUGUUAUGAAAGUUUCAAUUAAUCUUUUGAGCACUAUAUUAGAGUAGUGGUUAUGCACUUGCAUUGCUUACAAAUGAGCUGUACAGAAGGGUAUACCUCCCAAAUACUUAGUGUAGUUGACUUGUCUUGGGUUGCACUGUAAGGCGGAGUACUCAGAGUAGUUGGAACAUGCAGAAUCAGUUGUAUAAAUUUAAAAAGAAAAAAAAAACAGUGUUUUCUAGGAUACAGAGAAAAGUAUCAUAUCUUAGGGGGAGAAAUUCAUGAUGGACUUUUUUUUCUCAGCCCAACAUGGGGUGUAUGUAUUUUUUUUGUUGCUGUUCAUAUUUUGUUCUCUUUUUUUUUUUUUGGUAGGAAAAAGAAACACUUAAUAAAAUGUACCCAAGUGUUUUAAUUCCAUGUAUGAUAUGAAAUGGGUAGUUUGUUUUAAAAUUUGAAUACAGAAAGACUUCUUGCAUUGAGGCAUGACUACGUAUAUUUUUUAAGUUAAAAAAAUUGAACACAUUCACAAAAGUGAGGCUUUUAAAUUUCUUUUUAUCUUCCUUUCCCAUAGCCUCCCAGGUGGACCAGUGGCCUUCCCCGAGGCCCUCAGUGGAAUGUUCCAUUGCUCCCAUUCCCAUUUGAUGCUUUCAUUCCUGAGCAGCCAGGUCCACAUUCUGUGGAAUUCCAUAAGUGCAAACAGCCCCAAACACAAAGGAGCUAAUGCUUCAUAGGAUCUGUGCUGCCCUUUCACGUAGGAUUUGGUGUUCUUAUGGCCAUCAAGGUUCCUAAGGCUGUCCCCAUAGGACAGAUAUUAUUUGUGAUGCCAUGAUAUCUAGGAAGUUUAUUUCAUUUUCUUUUUCUUGCCAGAUUAUAAAGACAGUUUUCAUCUUGAGGAAUAAAAUAGAAUUGAGUAAAAAUACAUGGAGCAUCGAAGUUGCCAUGUUACUGUAACUUUUGUUCUUUAUCCACCAGCCCACUAUUUUAGCCUGUGACAGCCACUAGUCUGCUGAAAAAUGUUAGCAAGAUGGAUCAUGCAAAGAAAAAUAACUUGAGAAGAGAAAGGGUGAAAAAGGGCUGUAAAGUUUUAGAAAGACUAGCAGAUUAAUAAUUUUGAAAGGCUAGUUGUAGUUGUGAAUGGGAAAUAAUAUGACAGGAGAUUUUAAGAAAACCAGAAGAAAGCACUUCAUCAUCAGAGUCUGGGAGGGAGGGUGGAGAAGUUACCUGCAAACGCCAGUGUGAAAAGCAAGUGACUGAACCUGGCUAGAGGGGGAUCGCAAGGCCUCCAGUUUCAGUCAAAUGGGCUUUUUAAGGAAAACUUAUUUCAUGUUUUACACCUGUCCCCGUUUCAAGAAGAUCAUUAAAUCAUCAUAAGCUAAAAUGUGCUGUAUGUUAAUUCUGACAUAGCUUUCUGCUUGAUGUAUAUUCCUUUGAGGGUUUCUAGUUAGAAUUUCUGUUUCUGCUGUGGGACCAAUGAGAACUAUAUGAGUUCUUUCUCAUCCACUUUUACUUGAUUUUGCUUAUAUUUUUAAGCCAGUGUGCAAAUUAAUUACAAGUAAGUGAAAACUUACUUUUACACUUGAAUGGUAAGUUUGCCUUGCUUUUUGGAAAAUGGUGAUUGUUACGACAGAAUUGAAGCAAACGUCUGUUCAGGCUGCAUUAGGCAUACAGUAACAUGUAAAGAUCUCAUGACAAUGUAUUGAGAGUCUAAAAUACAUGCUAAGUAUUGCAUGUCUUGAUGUGUUUUUAUUUGUUUUCUUAAAAAACUAAUGAAUCUGUAUAUUGUAAAAUGUGUUGUUAUACAUGUCAAUUCAGUUUUUUAAUGAAAGAAAAUCUGUUGAUUGAAAUGGAAAAGUGCAGCUUUCUUUAAUUCUCUUACAUGUUUUUAUUCUUGAUAUUGUUCUUUUACACCACCCCUUUUUUAUGUUUUUGGUAAAACUCUGUUUAUAUAAUGUAGGGUACAUAAAAAGUUCUCGUUGGUGAUGUUGAAAAAAGAUGUUACUCUUCUGUCCUCCUUUUGGUUCUCUUCUCCGUAAGUCCAUAUACUGAGAACUUGUAAAGCAUAUCAUUAUAACCCUGAGGGAGUGAUUUAAAGGUUUACAAUUACCACGAUUCUAAAAUGCCAAUGAAUGUAACUUUUGAAAAUUGUUCACUGUACAUUUCAUAUUCGGACCAAGAAAAUUCAGAAGAUAGCAAUCAGAAUAUAGAUUGUGGCGGACUGUACAAUUUAAAAAUUACGUAUCAGAGAAGUCAAAUUAAAAGCUUUGUAAGAGAGGUUCAAAUAUGCACAGGACUCUUCCCUUCUCUAGGUGUAGACAAGGAGAUGCCACAUUCUGUCAGCAGCUGGGGAGAGCUGGAAAGUAUGCAGGGUGUUGGUAUGAAGAGCAAUGAACCAUUUUUCUUGUCAGCUGUCACUCAGCACCCAAACAUUAUAAGAACCUCAUAAUGCAAACCUCCCUCUUUCCAGGCCUUCAGACCAAAGUGGCUUUCUGAUGGAUUUUGCCCACCUGUGUACAAGCAGAGACAUUUUUGCAAAUGAGAAACAUAUCCAUCCUUAGGAGAGAACACAGUGAAAGUCUUUCUCCAGUGUAAGAGUAUAUAAAAACAUCUCUGGUUGCUUAAUCCCCAACACCCAACUUCCAACUUCUAAACACAUUUAUAGGGAGCAAGAGAUGGUGGGCUUCCCAUGAAUUAGUGUGAAGCAAUCACUAACAGAAAAGAAUAUUCCCUUCCUUUCAUUUAGAACGCCUGGCAUGUAAGUUGUACAAUUAAUGCUAAAGCAUAUAAAGUCUUUAAGCUGAUAGUAUCUGUAAUCAAAUAAUGAAAAAAAGGCAAGCAGUUAAAUGAGCACACUAUUCAGGGUCAAUCGUGUUCAGCAAAAAGCUGUAGUGGGUCUUUGAUCAUGGUUAGAUUCACAGUGAUAUCAAACAGUUGGUUCUCAUGUAACAGCUAAAUGCUUCAGAUUUUGUUUUUAUUAAAUUUGGCAGUUUCACACUGAGAUCUGUAUUCCUAGUGAAUAAAAGACAGCUACCAUGUGAGGAGGGAUUCCAUUUUCACAAUGGCAAGGAAGUCAGAUAUUUCAGGAACAUGGGACACAAAAUGUACUCCUUUCACAGCGUUCUCCUAUUCUGAACUGUGCAGUCAUCUAUUAAAUUUUCUAAUAGAUAUUUGUGUAAGGUGUAUGUAUGCUUGUGCAAUUAUUAAAAAAAGCAGUUUUGGAAAAACAGUGUAUUUAUUAAAGAAAAUUACUUAUGGGGCAUGUACAAAACUGUAAAAAAAAAAAAAAACUUAAAAAAAAACCACAUUCAAUUUGCCCAGUAAAGUUGUUUUUGUGAAAUUUCUGUGUUGUUGAAUAAAGGACUUUAGUAUUCAAAAUA